GCCAUGUCUUAGUGGUGGUAUGCUCUGGCAUUAAGUACACUAUCACACUCUUUUUUUUUAAUCGGUCCUGGUUUCAGUAAGCCUUAGUUUAACAUCAAGUAUGUAAAUAAUCCUGCCCCCAUUCAGCAAAGUCUUUAAUUGUGUGAGUAAUCAAGUACUUCGAUGUUAAGGAUGGAGAUUGCUCAAAUACGUGGUUGAUUCGGGGACGCUAGUUGGUUGUAGUGUCUGUUCUGGUUAUGCAAGGGGAAAGCAGUAUGUACAUGAGCCAACACUAUCCUAUGUAUAGUCUUUCUAAUAGCGGAUGCUGUCUCCUUUGUAGAGCAGGGAUGUCAGGCUCAUUUGGCCUUAUGGGCCAAAUCAAGACAGUGGUGCUCCUAUAGGCCGGAUCAAGAACCACCUCCAGCAGCGGGACAAGCAGUGGUGGCAUAAACUUUUGACGAUGCUUGAGCUCCUUUGUCAUCUGACGCAGUCACAGGUUCUAACACUGCCAUUGUUUGCUCUGCCAUCGCCACUGUAAUGAGUCCUGCUGCUUAAUCCUAGGUGCAGAUUCCCAUUGGGACAAGUGACAGCAGUGUCAAUUUCUGUGGCUCCCUGAGCCUCUGUGUUAGCUCAGGGAGCAACAGGAUUAACACUGAAAUCCUGGCCUGCUCCAGAAGCCCCACAGGCCAUGUGUUUGACACAGAGCAUUGCCCAUAUAGUCUAUAAGAAGGAUAAUGUAAGACUGACGAGGAUCACCAUAGUAUCACUGCUACAGCAGAGGCAUUGUAUGCAGGAGCCACAUAAAAGUUGUUUUCUGACUGCAGGGGGUUUUCAAAUAUUUACAGGUGGAGGGAAACAUAAUUCCUGUGUUUACAUGAUAAGCUUAAAGACUGUCUAGCUUCCAGAUGCUUGGUGCUGCACUGCUCACAGAAUUUUGCUGUACAGCUGUCAUAUCCAGUGCUGGGAGGAGUAGUAUGUCCAAGGGGAAUCCUUGAGUGGUGCGAAGGUGCCAUCUAUGUCUCUGCAGAGAGCUGUAGUAAUUUAUGAAUGGGAACUGGCCCUGCACACUGUGACCUGAGGAUCAGAGACCUGCUGAAGUGACUUAUGGGAUGGUGAGUUCCAAUAUGUAUUAUUAUACAAGAGUCAUGUCUCAGCUCUUCCUGGAAAUGCCUAUAUCAAAGAUGGAGAAAACUAAUUAUAAAACCCUGUCCACCAUGGAGGACUUCUGGAAGUUCACAGAAGGUCCUUUGUUGGAUGGUCUGUACUGGAAGGUGUGGUACAAUAAUAAAACCAUGGCAGAAAAUAAAAGCUUCAUUUACUAUGAGAAUCUGCUUUUAGGGGUGCCUCGUAUUCGGCAGCUGAAAGUGAGAAAUGGAUCAUGCUCAAUACCUGAUGAUUUAAAGGAUGAAAUUAAAGAAUGUUAUGAUGUCUAUUCUGUUACUAGUGAAGACAAGGCUCCAUUUGGGCUCCGAAAUGGAACUGCUUGGACUUACACCAGUGAAAGGGAUUUGAAUGGGAGCAGCCACUGGGGUUUGAUUGCCACCUACGGUGGGGCUGGUUAUUACCAGGAUUUGUCAAGAACCAGGGAGGAGACAGCUGCACAGAUUGCUACCCUUAAGAAGAACCUCUGGCUGGAUAGAGGGACAAGAGCGACCUUUAUUGAUUUCUCUGUAUACAAUGCAAACAUUAAUCUAUUCUGUAUUGUCAGGUUAUUAGUGGAGUUUCCAGCAACUGGAGGCCUUCUUACAUCUUGGCAGUUUCAGCCAAUGAAGCUAAUUCAUUAUAUUUCUACUUUUGAUUUCUUCAUGGCAGCCUGUGAAAUAGCAUUUUGCCUCUUCAUUCUGUAUUAUAUGGUGGAAGAGAUCUUGGAAAUUCACAUUCAUAAACUGCAUUACUUCAGGAGUCUCUGGAACUGUCUUGAUAUCAUCAUCAUUGUGCUAUCAGUGGUAGCUAUAGCAAUUAACAUCUAUAGAACCUCAACUGUGGAUAUGCAACUGAAGAAACUGCUGGAAGAUCAGAACAGUUUCCCCAAUUUUGAGCCUUUGGCCUAUUGGCAAAUACAAUUCAGCAACAUUGCAGCUGUUACUAUGUUUUUUGUCUGGAUUAAGCUCUUUAAAUUUGUCAGCAUCAACAGAACAAUGAGUCAGUUAUCCAGCACCAUGUCUCGUUGUGCUAAAGAUGUCAUUGGCUUUGCUAUUAUGUUUUUCAUUAUUUUCUUAGCAUAUGCUCAGUUGGCUUAUCUUGUGUUUGGCACCCAAGUUGAUGACUUCAGCACUUUUCAGGACUGUGUCUUUACUCAGUUCCGCAUCAUUUUGGGAGAUUUUAACUUCACAGAGGUUGAAGAAGCUAACCAAGUUUUGGGACCAAUUUAUUUCACUACAUUUGUGUUCUUCAUGUUCUUCAUUCUUUUGAACAUGUUUUUGGCCAUUAUCAAUGAUACAUACUCAGAGGUCAAAUCAGAUAUGGCGCAGCAGAAGUCUGAGAUGGAACUGUCUGAUCUUAUCAAAAGGGGAUACAAUAGAGCUAUGAUCAGGCUUAAAUUGAAAAAAACAACUGUUGAUGACAUUUCAGAGAGCCUGCGACAAGGUGGGGGCAAGUUAAACUUUGAUGAACUACGCCAGGAUCUGAAAGGGAAGGGUCAUACUGAUGCAGAAAUUGAAGCAAUAUUUACUAAGUAUGACCAGGAUGGGGAUCAGGAAUUGACAGAACAUGAACAUCAGCAAAUGAGAGAUGACCUAGAGAAAGAAAGGGAGGAUCUGGACCUGGACAGGAGUUCUCUUCCUCGUCCAUUGAGCAGUCGCAGCUUCCCUCGUAGUCUGGAUGACUCUGAAGAGGAUGAUGAUGAGGACAGUGGACACAGUUCCAGAAGAAGGGGUAGCAGCUCUAGUGGGGUUUCAUAUGAAGAAUUCCAAGUGCUCGUGAGACGAGUGGAUCGCAUGGAGCAUUCCAUAGGCAGUAUUGUUUCCAAGAUUGAUGCGGUUAUUGUAAAGCUCGAAGCAAUGGAGAGGUCCAAACUGAAAAGGAGAGAUGUUCUGGGGAGGCUUCUGGAUGGAGUUACUGAGGAUGAAAGAUUAGGACGUGACAAUGAAAUCCACAGGGAACAGCUGGAGCGGCUAGUGCGAGAGGAACUGGAGCGUUGGGAGUCAGAUGACACAGCAUCCCAGAUGAGCCACCGUUUGGGAACACCACUUGGACUGACCAGCCAGCCUCGCUCAAAGAAUUCCCGUCCAUCUUCCUCACAGUCAGAUGGUGUUGACGGGGGAGGGGGAGGAGGAAAUGGUGGAGGUAACAUCCAUGUGUAGUAUUUCUUGUCUAUAGAUUCUUAACAUUUCAGUCUGGUGUUACAACAGCAAAUAUGCUAUUGGCAUGUGUUUCUCCAAAACGGUGAUAAUCACUGUAAACAAACAUUAAAGGAAAGCUCCAGUGAUUUGCGGUGUGUAUAUGUACAUGAACGAAAGAAUUGUACAAUGGCAAGGAGAGAGAGAUUAUAUAAUCUGUUAGGUUAUUUCUAUUGUAUGGCCUAAAAUCCUUGGAUUGCGCAGUAUGAUUUUAGGAGACUGGGCAAAGGUGAACUUGUGCUUCCCUGACUCUAAACCUAUUCUAUCUCAAGAUGGUCUCUGUGUUUAAUUCAGAGGAUUCUAUUAUAGGCUCUGAAUUUACACUAGGUACCAGUGGUUUCAAAGUAAUGGUGCAUCAGCUGGAGGUUAGAAAGUCAUAAGGAUCUCUCUCACAAUCACUAAGUCAGCAGUAACAAGAAAAGUGUGGGGAGCUGGAACCACACCAUCAGUGCUACAAAGAUAACUAAGCCUAUGGCCAGCUAUGUUAGCUUUAAGGCCACCAGCAGUUUUAAGCAGAAGUGGCUGUGCUCUAGGGCUUGUGCCAUAUGAUUCUUGAAAUUAGCUACUGGUGUUUUCCUAUCUUCAUUUAAUUUAUUGAGGUAACGUCUCUUAUGACUGCUAUCUUAAGGCUGUGGUUUAGCAGGGACUAACUUUGCAUAUGUAAAGUAGAACCAAAAAAAUCUCUUUUUCCCAUCAGGAAAUAUUGGAAAUUAAAGAGUCGCUGUGCCACAGCCUUUUUUCAAAGUUUGGUUGAUUUUUUUUUUUUUUGAUUUUUUUUUUUUAAUAUAUCUGAUACAAUAAUUAUGAAGUAUAGACCAGGCAUUUGUAGUUAGACAAAUUCCAUAUUUUUCCCCACAUUCUGAAGUUUUCCUCGAUGUUCUAGUAUUUAAAUUGAUUUUAAAUGAAAGUUUCCCAUAUAUAUGAGACAGGAGGAGGCAUAUUUCGUUCAUAAAUGGACUUACUUUUUUAUGAAGCAGAGGGUUAUGCAGUAGACCUUCCUGUAGUAUUUUAAAAGGUGGCUGUCUGAGGGAAUGGCCUUUUUACCCAGCUGAUUUGCUGAUUAUUUUUUUUGUGUCUUCAUACUUGGCUUUUUAGGGCCAAAUUUUCUAAUGUAGACCUGAACUCCCCUUCCACGACUGAGCCUGCAAUUGUCCAUGUACUUUCUACAACUAAUUAUAUGCAGGCACUAGGUAAACAUACAGCAGGUUGAAAAACAAAGAGUUCACAAGUGGUAUUUCAAACAAUUUCAGCCAUUCUAUGGACUACAUGGAAAAUAACAACAGUUGUUAAGGAAAAUGUUGACGUCUUGAAAGUUGUAGCCAGUUUAGUAAGUAUUUGUGCCAGUUGUUAUUCAAGUGCAUGUUUAGCUACUUCAUUUUACAUUUACCAAACUUGCAUGUUCUGCCAUUGGACAUUUCUUCAGUAAUAUUUUUUUCAUGAUGAGUUUCACUGCUUCUCUAUAUAUCUGCAGACUUUUGUAUAACAAGCACUUGCUAGCACACAACAUGCUGGGCUUACUGAGAUGGCAGUAGGCUUCUAAAGCAGUAACAGUACUGGAAAAAAAAAGAUUUUGGUUCCCUAUAAAAAAAUAAAUAAAUUCAGAAGCAAAAUACAUAGAACUUUAAAUAGUAAUCCUGGAUACAGUGGAUCAUGGAGUCUUACUGCAGGUCCCUGUUGCCUUCUACCUGGAGACUAAACUAGGUUAAGAGAAGAUAGAAAACUACAUAUUUAAAUGAAGAAUAUAUGUUUGCAAGUGUAGUGAUUUGUAAUGAAUAUAAAAAUGUCUAUCAGAAGAUAAAUAGCACUUAUUUAAGCUAGUGAUUUUCAUAUUGUGUAAUACAGCACUUGCUUCUUGUAAUUAAGUGUCUUUAAUUUUUAUGGGGAUAUUGUUUUGACAUAGGAGUAAAUGUAGAUAUGCAUACAUGCAUACUUCAUAGAUUCCUAAAUGUAGGAAUGCCUGCACUUGCAUUGUUCUUAAGAUAGUACCUAAAACUCAUUCCCUGUGAUCAAAGGACCUGACAAAACACAGUUAAUUCCAGAGUUGUCUUUUUAUACAUUAAAGUUCACUGGACAUUGAAUGUACCAAAAUGUACUUGGAUGAAGUGGGGAGCAGAAGGAGCCAUUUUAAUCCUGGGACUUGGAAUUUCUCAAAUCUAUGAGUUAAGACAAGAACUAGUAGAAAGGUUUCAUGUCCCAUGUAACUCUCUCUGUAAAACUUCAUAAAAACUUUCCUAUUCAACAUGGAAACAAAAUCAAGACCUUUGAAAAAGAGAGCGAGAGAGCUUUCCUGCACUCUGGAGUGGCCAACAGCCCAGUAGGUAGGGUCCUCAGCUGAAAUGUCAAAGACUUGAACCUGGAUUUCCCUCAUCCUGACAAGAAAUAUCUGACUCUUAAGAGAAGCCUUUAGUGACAAAAGCUUCAUCGAAACAGAUACUCUGAUGAAGAAGUUUCUGUCUGGAUUAAUUAGUAUUUUUCUGCAAAAGCUAAUUUUUGCUAAAUUGCUCUAGUCAAGACCAGCCAGUGCCAAACGAACAAUAAAUCAGUGCAUACGAGCAUCUGGUGUACUGGUACACAGAGCCUUUUUCCUGUAUUAGAAGUUAGGUUAUGUUACGGGUGUAAUUCGUGGUUCAGUUGGCUGAUUUGAAGUUUAAUGUAGUGAUAUUUUUUUUUUACAAGUUUUAUUAAAAUAUGAGUUGGUUUAUUGUCCAGUAUGCCAGAAAUGCCAGGUCCAGUAUUAUACAUAGCAUGUAUUUAAUGCUCAAAAUCAGUCGUCUAGCAACAUGAUCUACAUUCGCAGGAAAGAGGUAUCUUGUGUUCAGUUUAAAUUUCUUCUGCACAUCUAAUACAAAGGUAAGAGAGAAUCAUGGUACUAUAUUGCAGAUGUAAGAGGAAACUGCAUUAUGGGUGUUUGUAUUUGUUACUGAGGUCUGUCUUUUUUAAAAAAAAAUCACUAUAUCAGUAUGGCUUUAAAUAAAUGUAUAUCAAAGUUAUACCUUUUUAAACUGUAAUAUCAAUUGCAAAGCUUUUCUUGUUUUGUAGUGUAUGUUAAUUAUGAAAAUCAAAAUGUUUGCAUUCAUAGCUAUACUUGUUCAUAUAUACUUGUGUAAUGUGUCGUUACUUUAAUAACAAACUUCAUUUUGAAGUGCAAUAAGUUUUCAUGGGGUACCCGUGUAUGUUGACAAUGUGCCAUGCAGUAAAUGCAUGGUAACUUGACAAACGUUUUAUACAUUUUUAUGAUUUUUUUUCUUUUGAUUUUAAUUUUAGAUUCUUGUGUAUCUCUCUUUCCUCCUAGAAGAAAGGUUUUUAUCUAUGGUAAAGAAUGUAAAGUCUUUGUUUUUAUAUUUGAUCUUUUUAGGAAGAUGUUAAUUAUGCAGGUCUUCCCCAGAGAUCAAAGAUUUGUUGGUCUGUAAUACUGAGCACUUUACUUCCUAAUAAAGAUUUUAUAAAAUGUAAAACUAAUAA